CUCCGUCCUUCCAUCCCUAUCCGUCUGAAACAUCCGCAACGACGACACGAGCUGCUGCUCUCGGUCAUGGCGACACCGCCACCAACCCCGCCGCCGCCCCCGCCGCCGGCUGACUUCUGCACCGUGAUCUCCGAAUCGCGACGCAUACUCAAAGCCCACUCCCGCCACUUCCUCGCCCUAUCCGUGCUCUUCCUCCUCCCUCUCUCCUUCGCCGUCACCGUCUACCCCACUCUCCACCGCCUCCUCCUCCUCCUCAGCUCCUCCUCCUCCAACCCUUACCACGCCCAGGCCCUCCUCAGGCGCUCCCCGCUCCUCCUCAAUCAACCGCCGCAACGGCAACAAAGCGGCGUCGACGCGGGGAGCGUGCUCGUCAGCGUCGGAUACACCUCCUUCCUCACGCUUCUGUCCAUCUUCGCCACGUGUUCCAUCACCCACAGCGUCGUCCAGGGGUUCUACGGCCGGCCGGUCAAGCUCCUCUCGGCGAUCAAGUCCAUCGGAACGUCCUUCUUCCCUCUCUUGGCCACGCUCAUCUGCACCCAAGCCAUCAUCUCCUUGAUCGCGAUCGCUUCUGGAAUCUUGGGGUUCUUGAUCCUCAAAGGGGCUGAACUUGUUAUCGGUCAUGAAAUCAGUCAUUCCUCGCCUUUCUUUCUCGGAUUAGUGGCGUCGAUCGCGGUGGUUCUGGUGCUGGUAUUGGCUUAUUUGCAAGUGCAGUGGGUUUUGGCGAAUGUGAUCGUGGUGGCUGAAUCGGGCUUCGGGUUCUAUCCGCUGAGGCGGAGCGCUUAUUUGGUGAAGGGGAUGAGAGGCGUGGCGCUGUCGCUGACGCUGUUCUUCGGAGCUCUGUCGGGGAUUUUGGUGUGGACUAUUACUCUGUCGACUUCGGAGUCGGCGAUUGAUGGGAAUGAAUGGAAGCGCUGGCAUUUCGUGGUCCAAAUCGUGGCGACGACGAGCUCCCUCGCGAUGCUGAUGCUGCUCAGUCUGGCCGCGAACGUCGUGCUGUACAUGUACUGCAAGGCUGUGCACGGGGAGCUGGCCAUGGAGAUCGCCGAGGAGUUCGCCCGGGAGUACGUUAGCUUGCCCUUCGACGACGAGAAGGUCCCUCACGUGGUAUCCGUCACGCAUAUGCUUGAUUGAUUUGCGAUCGUGCGAGGGCACUCGAUCAUUGACUCGGGUUGUUUAGUCUCGGCUUUCUUCAGAAGCAAGCAUCAUUCAUCGAAGGGCCGAGAUUGCAGUCUGGUGUUUAAGAGAUCAUGAGUAACAUAUGAGUUGCAGAUAUAGAUCAAAGGUCAUUGAGGAUUGUCUUUGGAUAAUAUUGAGCAUGCUUUUGUUCGGUUACAUAUGCUGUGGAGCAAAUGGUGUUGGCAGGAGUAUUUUGAAGAAGAGCAAACUAAGGACCAUUGAGAAUGGAGAAAACGGAUUCUUCGGAGUUCUAAAAACCGAUGAAUAUUAUGUUUGCAGCCUUUCAUGAUCGCGCCAAACUAUGUUCAGUUCGUCACCUUUUCUACUCUGUUGAUGUUCUUGGGCAUGGAUAUGUGUUGAUUUGCUUGGAAUGCU